UUCAAGCUGCUGCUGGUGCAUUGGAAACGAUGGCUCAUGAAUUAGGACCAAAUGCUUCAUUCAAGGCUUCACAAGAACGAGGAGCUUCUUUGGUUGGAGUUUCUUUGAUGAACAAGUACAAGAGAGAAGUACAACCACCAGCUACAAGUUCGGUUUCAUCUUCAUCUAUCUUCUCAAGUGCUAUGAAUAGCAGAACAACCAAUACUUCACAAGUUCAACCACCAAAGUUGCCAGCCUUGGGAAGCAAGAUUUCUUCACCUGCUUUCCAACCUCUCUCCCGUUCAACUACUCCAAUUCCACAUUUCCAAGCUUCAGACUCUGGGUCAUUGCCACCUAUUCAUAAAGUUGCUGGAGAAUCAUCAUUGCCUCCUUUCAAUAACUUUGGGGGAUACAACCAACAACAAGAAAAUCAUCAACAACAACAGUCAAACCAACCACCACAACAAAAUCAAGCCCCACCUAAUGGUCAAUCAAAUGAUGGAAACAACAGCAAUAACAACAACAAUAAUAACAACAAUAAUAGUGGCAACGCUCAUGAGAUAACAUUAUUGAAGACGAGAAUUUCCGAGUUGGAGUUAGUUAAUGAUUUGUACAGAACUAGAAUCAUGGAAUUGGAAGCUAUGGAACAAGCAGCCAGAUUGAGAGAAAAUUCCAUGAGAAAGAGAUUUGACGAAGUUUUGAGUUUACAAAAUGCUACUUUAGGUCAGCAGCAGCAGCAGCAGCAGCAACAGCAACAACAAUCACAACAGCCAUCACAGCCACCACAGCCACCACAACAGCAAGAACCAAGUGCAUCUUCCACUGUCGUGGCAACUUCCAACUCAACCCCUACUGUCCUUCCUUCCAUGAAUGUUCCUGAUAUUUCCAGCAUUCCACCAAUCAGCAAAUUGAAUGCUCCACAACAACCACCAGUGUUGCCAUCUAUUAGAAGUGAGUCACAAGCUCCACCCCCACCACCGGUAUUGUUACCUUCAUUAAAGAGAGAGAAUGAAGAUGAGAUUGAUGACGCUAAUAAAAAAUCAAAAUUGAAUUGAGAUUCAAUUCAAACAUGUAAUUCUAGUUUGACUUAUGGUAUUUAUGAUUAUGUUUUCUGCCUUAUAAAUAGCCUUUUUUUUUAUAGAAUAUAAUUUUAAUUUUAAUAAUAUCGUAUAUAU